AAGAACAGACUGCAAUAUGUUUACAGCUUAAAAACAAGGAAAGUGAAUCUCCCAACGACAGCUGCACUGAGAGUAACCUGCGGCUCCAUCAUGAAGCGACGUCACACACCUGCAGACACAGUGAAGGAGCGCACUCACACACCGCCGCCGUCACACAGCUCUGCACCUGCAGACUCCUCAGUGAAGGAGCACACUCACACACCGCCGCCGUCACACAGGACACCAGCGACUCAGGCCUCUGUACUUCUUCUGAUGGACUCCAUUGGAAAGAACAUUGAACCCAAGAAACUCUUCCCCAGACAGCGAGUUCUAGCGCUCCACUGCAGAAACACAGAACGCGUUCAUGAACUGCUCACUAAUGAUGAUCUCGGCAGCCCGCAGUGUAUUAUCAUUCAUACAGGUACGAAUGACCUCCAUAGAUUAAAUGAAGGUACAGCCAAGGCAAUGCAUGAGAUGGCAGAGAAAGCCUCACAGACAUUCCCCACUUCACGUGUACUGGUCUCCACCUUGCUCCCACGGCUCGACGUCCCACCCUCUGUGAUCGAUCAGAUCAACGAAGAGGUCCGUCACUCCUGCUCCAGUCUGCCCAACGUGCACUUAGUCCAUCACAGCGCUGUAAGACCAUGGCACCUGUAUGACGGGCUCCACCUGAAUCAGGAUGGAGUCAGGAUUUUUGCCAAAGCUAUCAAAGAUGUUGCCCUUGGACGCUUCCCAACAACCAGCUAUGAAGGAGCAAAAAGAAAUGUGAGAAUGCAGCCGUUCGAGCCAUCUGGACCUUCAUCUCGCUCAAGACCACCACGAGACCUUCACAGACAACCCAGGACUUCAGGAUGGUCUCACAGACAGCAGGAGAGUCAGCUCUACACUGAAGGCAGAUCUUCAGGAGGGUCUCACAGACAGCAGGAGAGUCAGCUCUUCGCUGAAGGCAGAUCCCAGCAGACACGCAACUAUGCCCAGGUACUGUCACAGCAGACGCCCUCAUCAUCCGCUCAGGAACUUCCCAUUAGUGAUAUGGGAGAAAUUAAACGACUGCUAAGCCUUCUCUGCAACAAAAUGCUCAACUAA